UCGGACACAAAUUUUUAAAUUGUACACAGAUUUCAAAGUGAAAACAACGUGUAUGCUUGAAGCAGCUACAGAAAAGACCUAACACAAUUUCCUGGAAAAAUCUUCAGCAGCAUAAAUAAAUUGCAUUUAAUAAUAUUGAGUAGUAAAGUAAAAAAACAUCAACUUGUUUCCCAGAAUCAUGUCAAUUUAUAUAAAUGCUGAAAUGUGCUCAUAUGUGCGAAAAUUGUUUGAACAUCCCUCCAAGUGGUAUGAGUCGUAUCAGGAGAAUGGUACCAAAUACAUUAAAAGACGCAAGAAACUAGAGGAUCAAUUGCAGCAGCAAUUAAAUGCCUGUGCGGGAGAGAUUUUCUUGUGCGGCAUACCAGCUGAGACCAGGGCGGAAAAAAUAGCCGAAGUGGCCUCUCUACUGGGAGAAGUUUAUAUUUUACGUUUUAAGGUACAUUUCUCGGGAGCUUCUAGAGGCUUUGCUUAUCUGCAAUAUAUUGAUCCCAACCAUAUGCCUUUGGCUUUACAAAAAUUGCCUCAGUUUUUUCGUGAACUAAAAUUGCCCACAAUCAAGGUCUGUGAGUCACGUAAUAGCUCCAUACUUUUGCUACGCAACACACACAAAAUGACCCCCUUGAUGGUUUUCGAAACCUUAAAGAAAUUAAUUAAUUUUUAUAAAUUAGUGGGUCAUGAAAUAUAUCACGGCUAUUUUGUAUAUCAAAUAGUUUUCAAAUGCAAUGAGGAGGCGGUUCAUGCCAGACGUGAGCUAUUAAAAUCGAUUUUAAACUUUGGUCCCAAGGCGGUAAUAGUGUGGGAUACAUCAACAAAAACCAAUUUUAAUGGUAAUUUUACUCAAAACGAAAGAUUUUAUAAACAAUUUAAGUAUCCGAAUCAACAGCCUCAAAAUAUAAUGAUGACAAAUACAGCAGCAAUUGAGUUUCAAACAAAUUUUAAACAACAGAAUAUUGCUACAGCAAAUGUUUUAAAAAAUUUUGCAAAUUUGAAAUUACAUUGA